UAUCUACCAGUAAGAUUUAGACUAUAUUAUUGCUGAAUUAAUCUCCCUGGUCAACUGCAAUUCAUUUCAACUUUAGGACCAAACACGGAUAUACACCUGUGAUCUUACGUAAUGCCAGAACCAUAUUGACGAUUUGAUUUAAAACAAUUUCGUUCUUCAGACGGGAUAUUUCAGUAGCCUUACCAGACGACAUUUUUUACACCACGUGAUUCCGGACCAGUAGCAUCUUCCUGGCAGGCGAAAUGGAAUGUCGUAGCUUUUGUGACUAAUUAGACUGACGUGUACAGGAUUGGAAUAGAUACAGCAUUCUUAUAACACUAACAAACACUGCGCCCAAAAACUGUUACUAUCUUCCCCGCCUGCCUGACGCCAUAUAAGGAUGACAUCAAAUAACCUGAAUAUCCACCCUCCAGAGGGUUCGCCUCGAAAAUUUUAUAAAGGCUUUGGCAAAUACAAGAUGGUUUACAAAGUCAAUGGCAUGAAUCAAGAAGACAUGGAAUGUAAAAUUGAAAACGAUGGUGAACCACAAAAAUCGCCCGAGGGUCCAUACUUAAACAGAAUUAUACCUUUGCCAAUGGAAAGUAACUUCACAAGUACAGAGAAUCUCAUACCCAAAGAAGGGAUAAAUAUACCCCCGAACGGAAUAGUUAAUCCUUUAAUGUCGGGUGUCAAUAUCGAGGUACCGUCUUGGAGUGAUACCAGUAGUGACAAUAUGAAAGGGUCCUCCAGCUCGAGGGCCUCAACUCUACCCAGGGAAACCAAGUCCGAUGACCCAGGUUCCUUUGAAAAAUCUGUCAAUAUCAAGGAGGACAAAGAGAAAAGCAACUCUUUCCCCAGAUAUACUAGUCUUUCAUCCCACAACGAGCCUCUCAAAGACCCUGCCCCAAGCGUAACUUUGCCUUCUAAACCUUCGUCUUUGAAACCUUGGGACGUGUUUCGAGUAGGAGCACGUGAAUUUUCGAAAACAAUAGAUGGAAACUAUGUAAGCCUAUUUCGAAAAAGUGCAAAAGUGUUCGUGAGCAUUGUACUUACAAUAUUAAUUUUAGUGAUGACGAUGAUCAGCAAAAGUACUCUGCUGCUAAUUGCAUCCAACGUGUAUUCAAACGUGACCUUAAAGUGCACAAAAGGCAAGCAUAAUGGCCACGUGGCCUCUUGCACUCGGGUUGCACCGGAUGUGAAGGGAGCCGACUUUCAGCCAUCACAGACCGUUGAGGUCACGUGGCUUUGGGCAUUAUUUUUGGUGACGACCACACCCUAUGUUUUCACAUUUGCAAAAUGUGUCUGGAGAAUAUUUUUCAAGAAUACGAGAAAUCCAACAUUUUCAGUCUUGAUAAUCACUCUGGCAAUAGAAACUCUUCACUCAAUUGGAAUCUGCAUAUUCAUCUUUUACGUUCUACCAAACGUGGAUCCAAUACGCGGACUGAUGCUGACUUUUGGAGUCGCCUUCAUUCCUUCCUUCUUGAAGAUGUUCGACAGUCAGAAGGAAACAGGUCGGCAGUUCUACGUGGUUGUCGCAGACGUUUUAGCUAUGCUGAUUCAAGCUUCUGUUUUACUCUUGUGGCCACUUCUGAAUAUACUCAGAGGCAUUGAUUUUGAGCAAUCCUGGGGAAUUUUCGUGUCUUUGCUUCUGAUUUCUUUGGGAUGGUGGGAGAACUAUGUGAACAAGUUUACGCAUUUGGGUAAAUUUGGAUUAUCCUUAUUGGAAUUAAAGAGAAACAUUCGUCGGAGUAGAACAAAGCUGUAUGCGGCAGUAAGUGUAUGGAAAGUUGUCCUCACACUGUGUAUGAUGAUGGCUCUGAUGAGCAACCUUAAACUUUCUUGUGUUAAAGCAUUGUUUUAUGAAGGACACAAUCGAGCAGAAGGGUGUCCUCAUUUAGCCUACCCAGAAGACGCUUAUAACGUGGAAAGCUCCGCUUACAAACAAGAUGCUUUCUGGGUGGCAGUCGUUCAGAUAAUCUGCUGCCUGUUCUGCUAUACGCUUGCCAAGUCAGCCUGCAAGAUCAUGCUCCAAGUGGUCAGCUUCUCUCUUCCUCUGAUGCUGGCAGCCCCAAUCAUGGCUGGUCUUUUCAUAGAAAACUGUGAAUCUUGGAAAACGUUACAGGGUGGUAACUUGAUGCCGGAUUAUCUGUACUGGACGUGUGAUAUUCAUGGAGUUUCCAAAGAUUUCUUACGGACACUGGUGUCGGAUUACUUUCUUCCAGUUACUUUAAUAUGGUGGUUAUCUUUCAUGUGGGUUACAUUCCACAUAUGGAUUCCAAGAGUGGAGCGUUUAGUACAGACAGAGAGGUUGUUUGUUCAGCCUCUGUACUGCGGAGUGUUACUGGAGCAGUCACUCAUGCUAAACAGAAGAAGAGACGACAAGGAUAGAGAUGGCCGCUUAGGCUCAGAAAAGCAGAAACGGUUUGGAUUCGAAUCGCCCGAGAUGAAUAUGAAAAAUGUGGACCGUGGAAUACUGCCAGGUCGGAGGUCCAUCAAGACCGAUCACACCCCGAUGAUCUACGUGUGUGCAACCAUGUGGCACGAAACGACGAAAGAAAUGAUUCAGAUAUUGACGUCAUUAUUCAGACUUGACAAUGAUCAGUGUGCAAGGAAAAAUGCGCAGAAGUUCUUUGAUGUCGUGGAUCCCGAUUACUAUGAGUUUGAGACGCAUGUGUUUUUUGACGACGCAUUUGAGCCCCAUGAUGACGAUGAAUACCUUUAUCGCGUCAACAGUUUUGUGAAACAGUUACUGCUAGUCAUGGAUGCGGCCGCAAGUAAGGUACAUAAGGUACCAGUCAAAAUACCCCCUCCCACCAAGUAUCCGACGCCCUAUGGCGGUCGACUUGAAUGGACACUUCCUGGUGGUAAUAAACUGUAUGUCCAUAUGAAGGACAAAGUCAAGAUCCGCCACAAGAAACGAUGGAGCCAGGUCAUGUACAUGUAUUACCUUCUGGGCUAUAAGCUUGUUGCACAGCCCCUCGACGCCAGGAGAAAGCAAACGAUCGCAGACAACACUUUCAUUCUUGCCUUGGAUGGAGACGUGGACUUCAAACCGUCAGCUGUCCAGCUCCUUGUUGACCGAAUGAGAAAGAAUGAAAAAGUGGGGGCUGCUUGUGGACGCAUUCACCCUAUCGGAACUGGUCCAAUGAUUUGGUAUCAGAAGUUUGAAUAUGCUGUGAGUCAUUGGCUACAAAAAGCUACAGAGCAUCUGAUUGGUUGCGUCCUCUGUAGUCCCGGUUGUUUUUCUUUGUUCCGUGCAUCCGCCCUAAUGGACGAUAAUGUUAUGAGGAAAUAUGCUACGACAUCAUCAAAUGCCCGCCACUACAUUCAGUUUGAUCAAGGCGAGGAUCGAUGGCUCUGUACAUUACUUCUACAGCAAGGUUACAGGGUGGAGUACUCGGCGGCUGCUGACGCCCUGACCUAUGCCCCGGAAGGAUUCGGAGAGUUCUACAACCAAAGACGUCGCUGGUCCCCGUCCACAAUGGCAAACAUCAUGGAUCUACUAAUGGACUGGAGAAACGUCAUCAGCAUCAACGAAAACAUAUCAUUUCUGUACAUCUUGUACCAGGGACUCCUGUUUCUGUCUUCAUUAGUGACGCCCGGAACUAUUUUCCUGCUGAUAGUUGGCGCAUUAAACAGCGCGUUCCGCAUUGACCUGAUCACUUCAUUCAUGAUCAACAUUGUUCCAUUGUUAUUUUUCCUGUUGAGCUGUUUUCUUUUUGAGUCAAAGUGGCAGAUUCUCCUUGCCCAGCUGCUGUCCCUGAUCUAUUCUCUCCUGAUGAUGGUAGUAGUCGUAGGAAUCGGCCUGGAGAUGAAAAGGGAAGGACUGUGUUCUCCGACCACGAUCUUCAUGAUCUUUGUCGUUGGGACGUUUGUGAUUGCGGCCAUUCUUCAUCCCCAGGAGUUUUACUGUAUUCUUCAUGGCGCCCUGUACUUCCUCUCGAUUCCCAGUAUGUCUAUGCUUCUGAUGAUCUACUCCAUAUGUAAUUUACAUGUGGUAUCUUGGGGAACAAGAGAAAACGCCAUUGCAGCCCAACCUAAUGCCAAACCACAGAAAAAGAAGGAUGGCAAAAUCGCUUCCAUUUUGAACAAGUUUUCCAGUUCUAGCAACACAGAAGUUAGUGAAUAUGCCUUCUCAUUUGGAAACUUGUUCAAGUGUCUCUGUUGCCCUCGACCAAAACCUGAUGAUGCCGAUAAACGUUUCGAGGAAGUUUUAACUAAACUGGAGAGUUUAGAGAGGAUAAUGGCUCUUCCAAAAGACGUUCAAGAGAAAGUUAUGAUUGACGCGGAGACCAAUGUUUCGGAGAGCGACAUGAAGCAAAAGAGCGACGGCCUACUGAGAAAUUCUCUUGAUAACGGAGACGUUAGAUACAAUCCAAUAUACCAAUCAAAAAUGAGCCCGCAUGAAGACGAUACGCCAUUCUGGAUUCACGACGAUGACAUUGGUCAUGGACGAGUCCGAUUCCUAAGCAAAGAAGAGAAAACCUUUUGGACCGAGCUUAUUUCUAAGUACUUGUAUCCACUGCAGCACAACGAAGAGCACAAGAAAAAGAUGGAGACGGAUCUUCUGGAGAUGAGAAACAAGAUGAGCUUGAUGUUUUUCAUGAUGAACGCCCUGUUCAUUAUCAUUAUUUUUAGUUUGCAGUAUUCUAAUGCCAUGAACGGAGCCGGUCUUUCCAUUCCUUUGCCAUGUCACGAUUUAAUCAGUAACAAACCUUUAUCGUUGGAGCCGAUUUCAAUGCUUUUUAUGGCCAUCUUUGGUAUUGCUCUCUUGAUUCAGUUUAUAUCCAUGUUUUUCCACCGGCUGGCAACAUUCAUGCAUAUUAUGUCUACAACGGAAGUCAACUGUAUGAAGCCAAAUCAGAAUGAAGUUAACCAAAUGGACCUUGCCUCCAAAAUCGCUCUCGUAAAAGAAUUCCAAAAAUUCGAAGAUGACGAUGAUAACAGAAGUAUUUCAACGAUUGGAAGCGAUCUAGACGAGGACAGUAGCAUCACUCAGGAUGACUCGCCAAAGAUGAAGCGUAAGAAAACGGUGCUCAAAAUUAUUCGAAGAAAGAAAACCCAGGCGCCUCAUUCGGGAAAUCUUAGCGGCAAAUUCUUGAAAAAUUACAUGGAAUUUGCCAAAGACCUCGAAAAUGGAGGGAAUGGGAAUAAGAAUGAAAAAGGAAGUAGUAAAAAGCGAAGAAGCAAAAAAGCAAAGAAAGCUAUGGCUUCUCUGGAACAAAACAGGGAUAUGGUUUUGAAUAAAGCCCACGUCAUCAAAUCCAGGUGGCAUCGUCUUGCAAAAGCGACCAAAUUUGAUUCCACAGGAGACAAAUGGGGUUCAUUGUUGCGACUUGCUGCACAGUCUAGAACAAGUCUUAACACUAUUACCGAAGACGAUAAAAGGAAUUCUUGGAUCAGAGGAAUUUCAAAAAUGACAAGAUCGAACAGUGAGUUUUCUGUGAACACUUUACCCGAUUUAGGUUCUCUAUCACAAAGAAACAGUUAUGCGGAACCUAUUUUGAAUAUCAUAACGAGCGAGUUGGAAAAUCUGGGAAGCGAGCAGGCUGGAAGACGGGUCACCACAGCAGAAAUCAACGCUCUCCAGAAAUCCAGAUUUUCGGCCGAAAAUCUCUACGACGCAGUUGAGGAGGUGGAUUCGGACAGCGAGGACUCCGACUACGAGGAGGCGGAUCUAAAAUCUUCCAAAGAGUCCUCGCCCAACAGUACAACUGAUAAAAGACCGAAAAGUGUGGAAAUGAACACGAUAAGCGUGGAUGUGAUUGAAAAUAAACGAGAAAGUGAAAAUGGAAACGGAGAUACUCAUCUGUAGCGAAAAAAAGUUGAUAUGUAAGACGAAAUGUGCCAAUUUUGAAUUCUAAGUACAAUUUAUGUUUUAUUUUAGCUGUGUUCAUUGUAAAUAGGGACCGUUCGCCGGUGGAGGAAUGUUUGUCUACCAUGUUACUCUGUGACCCAUUAACGUCUAAAUAUCUUUGGGAGUACCUCUUGAAUUUUAACAUAGCAUAGCAACGACCCAGUAGCAAGUUUUUAUCAACCAAAGUUAAAAGACAUCUUCUUUAUAUUCAUCACAGCCAAUUUAUUUGAACACGUAUUCUUCCUGCAAGAGAACCCAGUAUCUUUCAUUUGACGCCUAUUUCGUUUUUAUCUAUUUGCUCUGGUAUAUUAUUUUUUUGAAGCCAAUAAUUUGCUGUACCUAAUUGCUUAUUUAUUCUUUUAACCCUCGGCUAAUGAAAAGCCGUCUUGGGAUUCACCUUGAUAUUAUGUAUAUACAUCAAUGCUAUGAAUAUGACAUCGUCAUUAAUGAUUAAAAAUCACGUAUUUCUGCAAUAGUGGUUUGCAAAAGAAUGUAUACAUUUUUGAGUUUGAAAUAAAAUUAUAAAUGACGUA